AUAUUUUGAAUGACAUUUCAUUUAUUUAAUUAACGAGCUACCUGUUCGUGUGUUUGUUUGUUUAGCUAGGCAGCUAACGGUGCCAUUACUUUUAUUUAGCUAUCUUGCUAGCUAACGUUAGCUAGCACGAGCUAGUAACUUAGGCGACAAAUGUUCUUCGCGGCAGGCCCUUCCCACCUUAGAGCGCGAGCUACGGUAGCCAACACAAACUGCAGUUCAGUGCGAUUUCGGCUUUUCCCCUUAUCUUAACAUUAGGUCUUAAUUACAAUAUGCAUGGGUAUCUAAUUAGGAACUGCUAUGAACCCAUGUGCAACGAGUGACAAAUGUACUAUAUUCUGCGGCAAGCUAGAACCCUAGCGUGUUGUUUGCUCGCAAGUGUUAGCUAGCACUUUCUGUCAGGAGACCGAGACUGCUCAUUUCGAUAAUGCUGUAUACCGUUGCUCUUUUUACUUGCUUGCUAAUGAAUUGUAACGUGUAACAUUUUCGUAUUUUUUAUUUGGUAUUUUUUACGUGAGCUACAAAUGGUGUCGCAUGUUUUGGUUGCUAGCUAACGUUAGAUAGUUAGCAAAAGAUGAUGCUUUGACUGCAGAAAAUGUAGCUUAGCUACUUGCGCUAAUUGCGUCUGUCAAAAACAUCUGUGAGGCACCCACGUGCUCCUGUGUUGUCAAGACACCGAUUCCUGGAUAUUAAUUAAUUCAGCGCUAACGUCCCGUGUAAUGCACCUGUAACAUCAAGGCACGUAUGACUGCAACGCAAGAGUGUCAGUUAAAUGUCAAAAUUUAAAUGCACCUGUGCAAGACAACUAGUUCGCAGCUACAAGACAAGACGCCGUAACCAUGCCGGGGAAACUGAAGGCCAAGAUUGUGGCUGGGCGUCAUUUGCCCGUUAUGGACAGAGCAAGUGACCUGACAGACGCGUUCGUUGAGGUAAAAUUUGGAACCACAACCUUUAAAACCGACGUGUACCCAAAAUCCCUUAACCCACAGUGGAACUCGGAGUGGUUCAAAUUUGAGGUGGAUGAUGAAGACUUGCAAGACGAGCCGUUGCAGAUUACAGUGCUGGACCACGAUACGUACAGUGCUAAUGAUGCCAUAGGCAAGGUCUACAUAGACAUAGACCCUCUGCUAUCGAACGAAGCUGCUACAGUCAUCUCUGGGUGGUUCCCCAUUUAUGACACUAUACACGGUAUCCGUGGGGAGAUUAAUGUUCUUGUGAAGGUGGAUCUCUUCAACGACCUGAACCGCUUCCGCCAAUCGUCCUGCGGAGUCAAAUUCCUCUGCACCACGUCCGUCCCCAGGUGCUACCGGGCGGCCACGGUGCACGGCUUCGUGGAGGAGCUGGUGGUGAACGAGGACCCGGAGUACCAGUGGAUCGACCGCAUCCGCACCCCCAGGGCCUCCAACGAGGCCCGGCAGAGGCUCAUCUCUCUCAUGUCCGGCGAGCUCCAGCGGAAGAUCGGCCUGAAGGUGCUGGAGAUGGGGGGCAACGCGGUGGUGGGCUACCUGCAGUGCUUCGACCUGGAGGGCGAGUCGGGCCUGGUGGUGCGCGCCAUCGGGACGGCCUGCACCCUGGAUAAGCUGAGUAACCCCUCCGCGGCCGUCCCGCCCGCAUGCAAUUCCCCGUCCAAAGACAUCAAAGAGCUUCCCUUCAGCGAAGACCCCAACCCUAAUACUCACUCAUCUGGACCCUCCACCCCAAUGAAAACCCAAACUUAUUCCUUUUCACCCUCCAAGUCCUACAGCCGACAGUCUUCCUCCUCUGACACAGAUUUGAGUUUGACACCUAAAACUGCAGCCAGGCCCCCCAAGGGGCCCAGGAUUUUCCUGUGUCCCAGCUCCCCUGUCCUGCCCACCGACUUCCCGCCCAUUUACUCAAACGCUUUGCGCCUGCUCCCCGGGUCAGAUCCGGGCCGGGGGCUGCACCCUGUCCCGUUCUCCAGCCGCCAAAGCCCCGCUGGGCUCAGAAAGAGUGUCUCUUUCAGUGAGGACCUGCUACAGGCGGCCUCUGGAAUGGGCAGUGGAGGCAGUGCGGGGAAGGAAGGCGGGCCUCUGAAGACCCUGCUGAGACAGCAGACCCAAUCAGCACUGGAGCAGAGGGAGUUCCCCUUCUUCACCCUCACCUCCUUUCCGCCCGGCUUCCUGAUCCACGUCGGGGGUGUGGUCAGCGCCCGGUCGGUCAAACUCCUGGACCGCAUCCACAACCCCGACGAGCCGGAGACGCGGGACGCCUGGUGGGAAGAGAUCCGACAGGAGAUCAAAUCUCACGCCCGGGCGCUGGGCUGCCACGCUGUGGUGGGAUACAGCGAGUCCACCAGCAUCUGUGAGGAGGUGUGCAUCCUGUCGGCCUCGGGCACGGCGGCAGUCCUCAACCCCAAGCUCAUGCAGGAGGGCUGCCUGGACGGCUACAGUGACCCCAGCAGGUUGUCACGGCAACCGGCCGCCUUUUCCGCAGGGUCAGAGAAGGGCGAGUUUGAUAUUUUCCCUCAGAGCAAGGAUAGUUCUGCCCCGCUAGGGCUGGAGGAUCCGUCGCCCCCUGGCUGCGGGUUCUGUCACAUCCCCUACGACGAGCUGAACAUGCCCUUCCCCGCGCAGCUCACCUUCUGCUACAACUGCCGGAGACAGAAGGUGCCGGACGUGCUCUUCACCACCAUAGACCUGCCCACGGAGGCAGCCGUGACCGGCAAGGGCUGCCUCAUCCAGGCCAGGCUGUGUCGGCUGAAGAAGAAGGCCCAGGGCGAGGUGAACGCCACGGCCAUCAGCAACCUGCUGCCCUUCAUGGAGUACGAGCUGCACACGCAGCUGAUGAACAAGCUCAAGCUGCGCGGCAUGAACGCGCUCUUCGGCCUGCGCAUCCAGAUCAGCGUCGGGGAGAACAUGCUGGUGGGGCUGGCGUCUGCUACAGGGGUGUACCUGUCGGCCCUGCCCACCCCGGGGGGGAUCCAGAUCGCCGGGAAGACCCCCAGCGACAUCACCUGCGAGCAGCACGUCUCCAACAUGCAGAAGAAGAUCAACGACACCAUCGCCAAAAACAAGGAGCUCUACGAGAUCAACCCGCCCAAAUUGUUUGUGCUGGAUCCAGAGGCUUUCAGAGGCAUUGACACGGAAGUGGUGGAGGAGGUGAUCGGGUCGCCCAUCCCGGAACCCCGGCAGCGCACCCGGCUCUUCCGGUCGCACUCGGAGAGCUCGGACGAGACGUCGGAGCUGGACCUGUCCCACGGGAAGAAGGACGCCUUCGUGCUGGAGAUUGAUGACACGGACGCUGUGGAGGACAUCCAGUCCCUCCUCACAGAUGCGGGCUCUCCAGCAGGCUUUUACAGCUGCAAUACGGAGACCAUGCCUGGGAUUUACAACUGGACGUCAGGGUUACAGAUGUUUACUUCAGUGAGGGUGUUCAGGCUGAGCAAUGCCAACCUGACCAAUCAGGGACUCAACAAGAUCUUCAGCGAGCUCUGUGAGAACCUGCUCAAGAGUCUGUACUUUAAGCUGCGCUCCAUGAUCCCGUGCUGCCUCUGCCAUCUGAACUUCACGGUGGCCGUGCCGGAGGACGAGCUCAUUCAGGUGGCCGUCACUGCCGUUGCCAUGACGAUUGACAAAGACCAGACCCAAGAAAACUGGAAACUGGGUGCCGACAAAACCCACAUGAGAGCAAUAGCGGAGAACGAGGAGCAGCUCCAGUUCCCCAUGGAGCUCUGCACAGACAGUCCGUCCUCCAACCCUUUCUCCCCCAGCAGAGGGCUUCCCGAGGGCGCCACCCCCAGAGCUGCAUCCGUUGAUUACAGUUCCUUUGCAGACAGAUGGAGCUCCUGGAUAGAACUCAUUAGGCUGAAAGCUCAGACCAUAAGGAGGGGAUCAGUUAAGACAAGUAGGAGGACUCUGUCUCUAGCGCGCUCCGCCUCGUCGCUGGAUAAGGCCAGCCCCCUCCCCGAGGGCAGGUCGCGGUCGCUGCGGUCCACCCGCUCGUACGCCGGCAGCACGGUCGCCGUGGUGAAGAUGACGCCGCUCUCCUUCAUCCCCGGCACCAGGAUCACCAAGUACCUGGGGAUCAUCAACAUGUUCUUCAUCCGCGAGACCACGUCCCUGCGGGAGGAGGGCGGUGUGAGCGGCUUCCUGCACGCCUUCAUCGCGGAGGUGUUCGCCAUGGUGCGCGCCCACGUGGCCGCGCUGGGGGGGAACGCGGUGGUGUCCUACAGCAUGAAGGAGUGCGUCUUCAUGGAGAACCCCAACAAGAACCAGGCUCAGUGCCUUAUCAACGUCAGCGGCGACGCCGUCAUCUUCGUGCGCGAGUCGGAGUCGGAGCCGGCCCCGCCCGCGCCGCCCCAGCCGUCCAGCAGCCAGGCCCCGUGCAGCGGGAACGAGGCUGCCACGUAAAAAAAAGGGGGGGGGCGGAGCUAACGCUGCACGCUAACGCCGACCAAAACACCUCUGCAGCUGUGACCGCCUUAAAAUCCACAGGGACUCCUCAGCUCCUCGACCCCACCAGCCUGCACACGGCCACAGCGAGAGACGCCUGCCCCUCACACACUCCAGCCUCUCUCACCUGCAGGGACAGGGAGGAUUCACCACCAGGUGACCGACCUACUCUAGGCUCGUUACACUGGGCUCAGUAGUUAAGCGGUUUGUUCCCGCUUUUGGGCUCUCGUUGGUUAUUGGUUUGGUCCUUCCGGUGAGCUGGCCUGUCGUUUCAGAGCGCUCUCUUGCAACACGCAGACAGUUGAAAGUAAAAAUUGCCAUGUCCGUAGGUAAUACUGUAGACAUUCCAUAAAGGUGAGAGUGGAGGCAGCUGGGAUUUAAAUGCUAAAUCAAAGACGUCCACUGUGUAUGAGUUUUUUUUUUGUUGUAAAUUUAUGUAUAGUACGCCUGUUUUUUCCCUUGCUUUGCAAACCGCAAACCAAAUCUUCUUGCCUUUGGUGGACGGGGAGAGUUGAAUUGAGAACGAUUGCCAAUGAUUUCAAAUGAAUUUGUCGUACGAUAAAAUUAAAUGUAUAUAACCGAAAGGGGACGAUACUUCGGCGUCUUCGUCACAACCGCAACAUUAGCAAUGCCACAUUUUAUCUCCUUUCAUCCGUUUAGCCUCCUGUUACACGCCUGCUUGCAUUUUACUGGCUUCAGUAAGGUGCAAAGGAAGUUCACCCUUUCACAUCCAGUUAUAACUGUGGGCCAUUUCUUACAUUGUGUGCUGGUCACCACCACUGAGAUCUCACAAACCUACUACUGAACUUUUUUUAAAUGAUGUCCAAAAAUGCUGGAAAAAAUCAGCAGUUGAGUUUUGUUUUCUUUGUUUUUUUUUGUGUAGGUGCCACAGCAAAACAUUUUAUUUGUUUAAAUGUUGUACUAAAAUCUAAAAUUGGUAUUUUUGUAAUAUUAAAUUGAUGGAUUAGUAAACUGUGCAAUGCAUGUGCGAUUAAAUCCUAGGGGGGUUUGAAUUUGUACUGUGUGAUUUGGGGGGGUAUCGUCACGUAGUGAAUCUACUGGUCAAAUGGCGACAAUGCAGGUUGGACCUGUGCGAGACUUGAAUGUACAUACAGAUAAUGUUGCUUUGUUUGAAUUUGCAGCAUGCAGAUCUUUACCCUCUAUAUGAUUAUCUGCUUAUAGGCCUGAAGAUUACCCUGCCUUGCACAAUAAAGCUCUGUGUCCGUGGCUGUG